UUAAACCCUUAAAAGAGAAACAUCAAGAAUCUUUUUUGUUAGUCACACACACACACACAAAAGAAGAAAAAUGGCUAGAGCUAGGUGGAAACCAACUCCACAACAGCUUAUGAUUUUACAAGAUAUGUACAAAAAAGGUUUGACAAAUCCAAAUUCAUGUCAAGUACAAAUGAUUACUUCCCAUCUUUCUAUGUAUGGAAAGAUACAAUGGAAGAAUGUGUUUUAUUGGUUCCAAAACCACAAAGCUAGAGACAGGCAAAAAAUGAGAAAACAACAAAAGCAAAACCCUAUUCCUCCUCCACCUCCUUCUCCUCCUUCUUCAUCUUCUUAUGCUUCUGGGCCUGUGAAUUGUCAACUUUACCCUAACUCUCCAACAAUAUUUCUUCAUCAGGUUGAAGGAACAAAUGCAUCACCUCAUCAAAUGAUGAAGUACCUAUGGAAGAAUGGGAUGAUGAGAAGCAACGGUAUGGAUUGGAUGUUGAUGACAGAUCGAGAAGGUUCUUCUAAUAAUAAUAUUGUCCAUUGCAACAAUAACAGACCUCUAAAAACAUUACAACUUUUCCCUGUCACAACAACUGGCUUCAAGGAUUAGAAUUUACUUUAUAUAUCGCUAAUAAUUUAGUAGCUAGUACUAUAUAUUAUUUGAAGACUCUACUUCAAUUUGAUUCAUGUAUUGUACGUGUGACAGCUUUUGUGAUGUUAUGUGAGUUAGAAACA